CUAGGUGGAGUUGAAUAUGGUCUAAUAUUUCUGUAUUAAUAAUAGUAUUUAUAGUUGAAGGUCUUCAGAGUAGUUACCAAAAUGUACUUAAAUAAUAUACUUAACUAACAGUUAUGUGUCAGUAUUCAGUACCAAUAUUCUUGUAUAAAAUAAUACAAGUUUUUCCAAACCAAUCCAAUGGAAAAACUGUACUUAAAUGUUAUACUAUUAUUUGUUUAUGUAUUAUCCCAAUUAAUUCAGUCAAAGUGAGUCUUGUAAAAUUGAAAAUGGUAUCCCGCCAAAUGUUAUAAUUGAUCAAUUACGCAAUGAAACUGAUUUUAAUAUCGAAAAAAAAAAUAUAAUAACAAGGAAGGACAUUUAUAACAUUUCUGCUAAAUUUGGUUUACUCCACAAAUACAAGCUACAUGAUGUCGAUGCAGUAAGUGUGGAUCUUCAGGUAAAGCGAUUUGCUCAGAAUCCUAAUAAAUCAUUAAAUCCUAUAAUUUUAUACAAAACACAAGGGACUGAGUAUUUCCCAUUAGAAAAAGAUGAUUUCAUGCUGAUCAUCUUAACUGAAACACAAAAGGCUGUUCUUGAGAAGUUCAGUAGUGAAAAACUAUGUAUAGACUCUACUCAUGGCACAAACCAAUAUAGUUUUAACUUAACUACUAUUAUUGUGAUUGACGAAUUCGGUGAAGGAUAUCCUGCUGCUUUUUGUAUUAGUUCAAAGAUUGAUGAAGUGCACAUGACUGUUUUUUUUUCAAAAAUCAAAGAAGCUACUGGUUCUCUUACUCCUAACGUAUUUAUGAGUGAUGAUGCUCCUGCAUUCUGGAAUGCAUGGAUAAAAAUUAUGUCCCCUAUUCCUAAAUUCCAUCUUUUAUGUAAAUGGCACAUUGACAACAAUUGGCGUAAAAAUUUAAAAAAAAUUGAUGGAUCACUGACUACUAAAGCAUACGUUUAUAAAACCCUCCGUGUCUUAUUAGACGAAUCUAAUAUAACAGAGUUCGAAAAUUUAUUAAGUUCUUUUCUAUGCAAAUUAGAAGAAGAGCCUGCAAUGCACAACUUCAGGGCAUACUUUAUGAGUACUUAUGUUCCACGGAAAAAGUUGUGGGCUGCAUGUUACCGAUGUCAGGCUAUGCUCAAUACGAAUAUGGUUUUAGAAGCUUUUCAUAAGACUUUAAAGCAUGUUUAUUUAAAAGGAAAAAAAAAUCAACGGCUUGAUGCUCUAUUGUGGCAUUUACUCAAGGUAGUGAGAGAUAAAAAUUUUGAGCGACUUAUUAAAUUAUGUAAUGGUGGGAAAGUUACUCAUUUUGUAAAUGCAAUUAACAGUCGACAUCGUUCUGCUCUACAAACUAAUUACAAAGUUACUAAAAUAUCAGAUAAUACUUGGUCGGUUGCAUCUAAUUCAUUAGAAUUAGAUUAUUUAAUUAAACAAAAAAAGACAAAAGCACCAGAGGAACAAAGACUAAAUAAGCCAACAAUCCAAGUAAUAAACCAAAUAAAAAAUGAUCUUAAAGGCAACGAUACCCCAUACAUUAAUAUUGACCCACAUUUUGAGCAUUCAUAUGGACAGUUAGAUCAGAAGAAGAAAUGAAUUUUACCUAUUAUUAUUAUAUUUUAUUUAUGUGUACCUACCUAUUUAUAUUUAUAUUUUUAUAACCAACAAGUUUAUUUGACACUUGGAUUUUAAACACUCAUAUGGUCAUAUGGACAAUUGAAGAAGAAAUUAAUUAUAUUAUUAUUAAUGUGUAUUUUUAUAAGUUAUAACAAACAAGUUUAUUUGACACUUGGAUUUUGAAAACUAAAACGGACAAUUAGAUCAGAAGAAGAAAUGAAUUAUAUUAUUACUAUUGUAUUUUAUUAAUGUGUAUUUAUAUUUUUAUAACAAACAAUUUACUUUCUUAAUGUUUUAGUAUAGCUUUAAAUGUUUGAUUUUUAUGUAGGUAUAUGUAUUCAUAGAAAAUGUAUUGGCAGAAAAAGUUUAAUUCAAGAAUAUAGAAAUCUCUAUUGAAAAUUCUUUUUAAUGGCUCAUAAAGGGUAAUAUGUAUGGACAUAUAAUUAAAAAUAUACCUUUAGAAUCAUUAAAUUGUUUUUGAUGUAGAGAUGUUAACUUCAACA